GGCGCCGCGGCCCCGGCGUGUGCACCCCCUGCGCUCCUGCGGGGCCUCAUCUCUCCUUCGGGGCCCCAGUGCUGCGCACCCCGGGAAAGGGGAGGUAGUCGGGGCUGCCACGCUGGCGGAAGCAAAGUGCACUGGCUCGGGAGGUGAGGACGGUCCGGGACCCGGACACUUGGCGCUGGUGAAGAAGGGGGUCUCGCGGGUGCGCGCCCGCAGCGCACCGAGCUAGAGGAGCCAGAGUUGGGGCUCCGGGACUCAGAACUGGGGGCGCCGGCAGGGGCUGUGCGCUUCGGGGCAGACCAGGAAGUGCAGCGCUCCGGCGCCCGCCGGUUGGGGAGCAAACCCUGGACCCCGGCCCUGCUGCCGUCCCCGUGCUUCCCCUCCGGCGGAGAUGAGCCCACCUCUCCCUCCUGCGAUAACGGCUUCUGCUCGUGUUCCUGACGCCUGGGACUCGGGAGCUAGGCCGGUGGAAAAGAGAGCGGGUUGUUAUUCUGAGCCCAAGUGGUUCUGCAGGGAGCACCCUGCGCGCAGGGCCAGGGCUACUCAGCGACUCCCCACUGUGCUUCUAUAGGCAAUUAUUCAGCCCACCCUUAGAAAGGCUGCGCCGAGGCCAGAAAUCCCACCAAGGGCCAGAAGGAGGGGUGCGCACAGAAAGACUCUCCCCUCUGAACCCGGAGCGCUCGGUAAUGUGGACUCUCAGGCCUCGAAAGGGCUAGUGGAUUUGGGCACCCCUUGAGUCACUUUGCCAGUCCUGUGCCAAGGGCCGCUCAGCGCAAAGGGCAGGGCUGUAACCUCAGAGGAGGGGGCGCUGGAGCCAUUUGAUCAGGAGGAGCCUUUGUCUUAACCCCCAGUCCCCUUCUGCUAGUCCUCGCUGGGUCAAUAGCGCGUGGAGUAAUUAAUAUUCCGAACAUUAGCCGUCCUUUCGCUUCGGCACCAGCCAACACUGCUGUCCCCUCCCUGCGGGUUUUCUCCAUCACUUGCUCACGUUCUCUCCUCCAAAAACAUGGAACGUCGUCCGGACCCACUAGGCAAGUGGAGGUCCCUAAACGCACCAUAAUGCAGUCAGGUAAAAUCAAGGGUUAAGUGUUCAAACCUACCCCCGCCCGCCGCCCGCAAGGAGACGGAAGAACUUUUUUGAUUAGCAUAGUAUCUGCCCUCGGGCCGCUCUGUGAGUCGGCGGUUCGGUCCCAGCCGGGGUGAAGCGUGCACUCCAGUCUUGGUUGGGGUUUGACGCAGCACCUGCUUCUAAUCUGAGAGGAACAGAGGCUUACAACUUUGCCGAACAAGACACUGUGGAAUGAAACAGAACAGAGAUCAAAAGUAUCCCAUUUCUCAGAGGAACAGUUCAUCUCGACAGCCAGGGAGAGAGCCUGGAUGCUCAAGUUGGGGAAUGGCAGUCAAUGUGUAUUCUACCUCGAUAACCCAAGAGACUAUGAGCAGACAUGACAUCAUCGCAUGGGUCAAUGACAUAGUAUCUUUAAACUACACAAAAGUGGAACAGCUUUGUUCAGGAGCGGCCUAUUGCCAGUUCAUGGACAUGCUCUUUCCUGGCUGCAUUAGUUUGAAGAAAGUAAAAUUUCAAGCAAAGUUGGAGCAUGAGUAUAUUCACAAUUUUAAACUUCUGCAGGCAUCGUUUAAGCGAAUGAAUGUUGAUAAGGUAAUUCCAGUGGAGAAGCUAGUGAAAGGGCGUUUCCAGGACAACCUGGAUUUUAUUCAGUGGUUUAAGAAAUUCUAUGAUGCUAACUACGAUGGGAAGGAGUAUGAUCCCGUUGAAGCGCGACAAGGGCAAGAUGCAAUUCCUCCUCCCGACCCUGGUGAACAGAUCUUCAACCUGCCAAAAAAGUCUCACCAUGCAAACUCCCCCACAGCAGGUGCGGCUAAAUCAAGUCCAGCAUCUAAACCAGGAUCCACACCUUCUCGUCCCUCAUCAGCCAAAAGGGCUUCGUCCAGCAGCUCAGCAUCCAAAUCUGAUAAAGAUUUAGAAACACAGGUCAUACAGCUUAAUGAACAGGUACAUUCAUUAAAACUCGCCCUUGAAGGUGUGGAAAAGGAAAGGGAUUUCUACUUCGGAAAGUUGAGAGAGAUCGAGCUUCUCUGCCAGGAACAUGGGCAGGAAAACGAUGACCUCGUGCAGCGACUAAUGGAAGUCCUCUAUGCUUCGGAAGAACACGAGGGCCACCCUGAAGAGCCGGAAGCAGAGGAACAAGUUCACGAACAGCAGCCCCAGCAGCAGGAAGAGUACUGAACCAUCAUGGCAGCUCUCGACACUUCCAUUUUGCAUGGGAACUUUUCUUCUGGAGAAUUGGAACAUAUGUGGCCUCAAGCUCAACAGAAACCAGUUGUUCCCAACCUGCUGUUAACAUCAAUGCACUGUUGCAUACACCAGCCACUGCGCUCAGUUCCCAUUUCCUUUGCCAAGACGCAUUAGCAGCCGGCUGUUCGGCGGCCUACCUGAGAGAUCAUGGGGUCACAUAACUUCAACUUCACCACUUGGCUGCUUGAGAUUGGUUCUGCUCUUUUCAUUUCUUUCCAGAACAACUCUCCCCACCCCACCACCACCACCAACACCCCCUUUUUAUCCUGGUGUGAAACAAUGGUAAUUUGAUAUAUGGUAUUUAUAUUGGCAUUUCUCAACCCAGUGUCACUAGAUGUCACACACAUUUGUGGUGCUUUGAUGUUUGCGAGUCUAACCUCUGAACGUAAAUUUGGUCAAGUAAUAAAUUGGAACAAAGGGAAAAAGAUACUUGAUAUGAAAGCCAUAAUGACAGUGACUUGUUUCAUGGGGAAAAACACAGUUAGUUUCUCCCUCUACUCACAACACUAAAGGGAAAAAAAAUGGAAUCAAAACUAGGACUUCAGGGCCUAGCAGUGUUCUAUAUCAGCAUGUUAGACAACCACACAGUAUGUUGUUAAGUUUUGAAAGACAUUCACUCAAGGAAAACACCAUCUCCACUUGGCCCUCUAACCACUUGCCCCUGCCGUCCCCCACCCAGGUUCUCAUGCUAUUUUUCUUUCUCAGGGUCCUCUUUGGUGGGCAGCCACUCUCCCCAAGAAGCUGUCAUCAGUUAUCUGCAGUCCAGAGAGGGUCUGCAUAGGUACAGGUCCUCCUGCCUCAGUCCCUCCCUCCUUGUGUGGGUUUCAGCCCAAAUCCCGUCAUCCACACUAGGGGACUCCUACUAAAGGAUGACUUCAGGGUGUGCAGCCUCGAGUUUCAGGGUUCUGCACAUCAUGCUGCACACUUGCUGGAAGGCUGGAAGUGAAGACCUUAUUAAUAGGAGCAUAAUGCCAAGGGAGAAUCAUGGUUCUGAAGUCUGGUGUUGACACUGGAAUGACAGCACAGAAAAAUCUAUGAUUCCCAAUACCUUCUGGACUAAGGAAUUUCCCCUCUGUAAUACAAGGACCCUCCUUGUCAUUGACCUUUGCUAAACCACGGCAAUUCAUAAAUAGAGGAAACAUUAAUGAAUUAAAAGCAUUCCUUAUUUUUUUAACUAAUAUUUGCACAUUUUCUUAGUAUCUUUCCAAAUCUUGGCCUUUUUUUUUUUCCUUUGACAGAUGGUAUCCCUUCCUGGAUCAUUCAUUUCACUUGGUUUCUAACUUUAGAUUUACUUUCACUUGUUAUUUGACUUAGCAGGUGCAACAAAAACAAGAAACAAGUGUGCCCACCCCACUUUCCUCUUAACUGAAACGCUUAAAAUAAAUUUCUGAAUUAUGUAUCAUAAA